AAAAAUGGCCGGCCUGCCGGCUUUCUUGUCACUUUCAUCAACUUCCCUCUAUUUCUCAAGAUAUUUUCUCCAAGUUUUCACUCAGCCUGCAGUGUUUUUCUUCUCUGUUCUCCAUAUGUCUUCUGUUUGUUCUUUUGAUGAAGAAUUCAUGACCUUGUAUAUGCUUACAACUAUUUGAGAAUCUUGAAAAGAUAUUGCAACUUAUGGGGUGUGCUCAAGCAAAACCUUCAAUGCAUUCGCCACCUCAGGGAUUAGAGAAAUUGAAAUUGGAGAGUGGAUAUGUUGCUAGAGGUGAUCAACAUGUUAGACCAAGGAGGUCCACUGGACAGAGGCCUCAUGAGCAAAGGGAGAAGAAUAAUGCUGCAGGUUAUGGUGAUGUUAGGAGAUUGAGUGAUACUUAUAGAGAUCAUAUUAUCCAUGAAAGAAAUUUGGCGACGACGAGCGAGGGAAAAAGACAAACUGAAGAAAGCAAUGAUGUUGCUAGGACAAUUACCAAGACAACAACUGAUGAACAAGAGUUAAUAGAUGGAUGGCCAAAAUGGCUAGUUGAUAAUAUUCCAAGAGAAGCUUUGGCUGGUUUAGUCCCAAAAAGUGCUGAUUCUUAUGACAAAAUUGACAAGGUAGGUUCAGGUACUUAUAGCAACGUGUAUAAAGCGCGAGAUAGGGAUACAGGGAAGAUCGUUGCCUUAAAGAAAGUCCGAUUUGAUACCUCAGAACCGGAGAGUAUAAAGUUCAUGGCUCGAGAGAUUAUGAUCUUGCAGAAAUUGGACCAUCCUAAUAUCAUAAAGCUUGAAGGACUGGCUACCUCCAGAAUGCAAUAUAGUCUUUAUAUAGUUUUCGAAUAUAUGCAGUCUGAUCUUACCAGCAUAAUAUCUCGGCCUGAUAUGAGACUUAGUGAAGCACAGAUAAAGUGUUACAUGCAACAGCUACUUGCAGGGCUGGAGCAUUGCCACGAGAGGGGUAUUUUGCAUCGAGACAUUAAGGGAUCCAAUUUGUUGAUUGACAAAAAUGGGAUGCUAAAAAUUGCAGAUUUUGGACUUGCAAACUACUUCAAUCCUGAAGAAAAGCGUUCUCUUACUAGUCGAGUUGUCACACUUUGGUACAGAGCUCCAGAACUACUAUUAGGUGCUACAGAUUAUGGAACAGGUAUUGAUCUUUGGAGUGCUGGCUGCCUCAUGGCUGAAAUGUUUGCGGGCAGACCUAUUCUGCCCGGUCGCACAGAGGUGGAGCAGCUGCACAAGAUAUUCAAGCUUUGUGGUACGCCUACAGAGGAUUACUGGAGGAAAACAAAACUUUCAACUACAUUCAGACCACCAUAUACCUAUAGGUCUAACAAGAAGGAAGCUUUCAGGCACUUUCCUGUAUCUUCUUGGAGGCUUCUAAACGUUCUUCUUGCUUUAGAUCCUGCAAAUCGCGGUUCUGCAGGUUCAGCUCUUCAAGUUGAGUUCUUUCGUACAAGCCCAUUGGCAUGUGAACUCUCGGAGCUGCCUGUAGUGUAUAAGGAGGAACCUGAGACAGUGUUAAAGCUUGAGAGGAGAAGGCACAAGACUCGACAACGCUCUCAAUCACAAAAGGAACGCAAAAAGAAAAUAAUAGAAGCAGAUGAAACAAAACCAGAUAAUGUUGGCUCUUAUGAGGAGCCAACAAAGAGUAGAGUUACAACAGUCUUUACUCUACUAGAGCCAGGAAGCAGCACUACCACUACUACUACAACAGCAAGCACAUCCUCAAGCACUUCAAAGCCAACUGAGAAAGAAGAGAGUCCACAGAGUUCUCCAAGUAGUACUGAAUCUGAUCCCAAUGCUAUUAGGAACAUCAAGAAUAGACCUCCUUUGCCAAAUGCUAGAAGAAGCAGAGCUAACAACAGCAAGAAGGAUGCGAUGAACAGAUUUAGUCGCGUCCAAAGGUCUCAAUCCACCAAAGAUUUCCGAGAUGUUGAUCAUAAAAAGCUUCAUGAUGUUGUUGAAUAAGGCACUUAUAACUAGUUGAAUUACAUUGACCGUGUAAAAACUCUUUACAUUGUCGGUGUAAAUAAGUUAAUCCUUCAAUUAUUUUCUUCUAAGGUUUGGUUUGCAACUUAUAGAUUGUGUAAAUAACUUGUUGUCUAUAUU